AUGGCCACGGAUGGGGAGGCGACUGAGUCGUGGGUCUUAGCGAAUCGCGCCUACCACAUCUUGGGCGACUUGGCUGCCACAAACGUGGCGCAACUGGAACUGAAAGUGGCUUUCAACAUCAUCCAGGCUCUAAGCGGCGACUAUAUGGCCAGUCUGGAGCAGCUGCAAGAACGCCUGGAUGGAGCUGAGGCAGCGAAAAUCAGUGAAGCAACAUCAGGGUUGGCCGCCGCCUUAGCCUCAGCUCUUCAGAUGGCGGAGGCGAAUCGACAAGAGGUGUUGGACUUCUUGGCAGCGGAGAAAGCCCGCUGCGCUGCAGCCAGCGGCCCUGCAACUGGCGACGCAACGAGCGAUGGAGCAACCGAGGCGGCUUUGGACCCCAAUAUGCGGGUUCACACCGUGAUGAUCGCGGUUUCGGAUGAGAUCCCCUUCGAACUCUUCUGGCCUAUGGUGAAGGAUGACAUUGUCGCCGCGGUCCGUGAACUUUGCCCCAGGGGCUCUCCUGGUAUGGAAGAAGCAGUGCAGCAGGGUGUACUGCAAAAUGGCAUGGGGCCAAUUGCCAAGAAACUCACCUUGCAGGAGGCUGAGAAUCUGGCGACGCGUGUGGGCCACGUGGUGCAAACUGGUGUGACGGUGGAUCCGGAAGCCUUGCAGGAAGCCCAGAAGGAGAAGGCCAACAGCCAGCAGAACGAGUCGAUCCAGUUGAGUUACCGCGUGCAGUUCAACCGGGAAAAUAGCUGGGUACCAGGUACAGUGGUUGGGCAAUUGGGCGAUAUGCUCAGCCUGGUCGACGACGAGGGUGUUUUGUUUGACAAGUUGCUGCGCGCCCGCGUGCGACUGCCGCCAGGAAAGAGAGACAGCCUUGGCAGUGCAGGUGGCUCGCCCAUCCAGGCAGUGCUGUCACAGGCGGACCUGGUGAGGAUCCGGGAGCACUUGCGACGGAGACAGGAGGAAUGGGCUGAACGCCGUGCGCAGAACACGGGCUCCGGGGGCAAUGGUGCUCGUGCGGACGAGGCUGCAGCUGGAAGUGAACAAAGGACCCCCACGUCCUCUCGACCCACUUCAGCUCCGGUGCCGGCCUUGGUGCACCGUUCUCGCGCAUCUUCUGCGCCCUCCAUCGAUGGCGCAGGUGCCUUGCGACGAGGCAUUUUGCUGAGCCGCGACGCCUCGUUGAGCGAGGUCGAUGCGGCCGGACUGGACGUGGUGCCCAAAAAGAUCAUCCGGCCCUUGGCUGUACAGAGGGCCGCCGCGUUUUCACGGACGGUGCGGACCACGCAGCAGUUGCGGCAACAGAUUCGCAUCGCGAAGACUAGAGAGAAGGCGAUGAGCAUGAGGCUUCAGUUUCAACACGAGAAAUCGACGCGUCCUCAGGGGCGACCAGUGGAAGAGAUCAAGGCAAUCAAAAUGCAGAACCAGAAAGCUGAAGGGUUUCUGGUGUCUUUGAAGUGUGGAACCUAUAGGCCCAACUACAGCGAGUUGCUGAAGAACAUCGACACCAGCGCAAUGACGCAGAGCGAACGGGAAAUGGCCGAAAAGGCCAAAGAAUUGCAAGAUCGCGUGCGUGAACUGUUGCAGCGCAAGGAGCGCUUGGAUGCAGCGGCCAACGAAGUCUCCGAUGUGCCGGCGACUUUGUGGGACAGUCCGUCGGGUCGCACCACCUGCGAUGACAGCAACCGCAGUUCGAGCUCCAGUUCAUGGAUUCCGAGCGCUUGA